AUGUCCAGAAAGCGUACCCGCACGGAAAACACUGAAGAAACCAAUAAAAACUCGCAAGCUACAACUAGCCAUACGACAGAUCGAGACUCUGAAUUGUCUCUUCAACUUGAGCCUUCCAUUUUUGGGUUCAAGCCUGGCAAUGAUUUCGUGAGAGCCGUGAGUGACUUUCUAUAUGAGCAUGUGAUUAAAGAUAACAUAGAGAUUGAGGGGAAGUUAGGUGUACUCGUGAGUAAAGACACCAAAACAAGAAUAGAGUUGCCAGUUAUCUGUGAAACCAUAAUCGAUCGUAGUGAAGAGUAUCGAUGUCAAUUUGAGAGCAACAUGUCACCUGAUCAACACCGCCACUUUAAUAAUAUAUUGAAUGCAAGGGUAAAUCAGACUAUGAAUCCCGCCUAUCAAGGUGCCCCAGUAAAAUAUAAACACACUAAAGAAACAGACAGGUUUUAUCGUAAUGA